AUGACAGGAGGCGACUCCAAAAUAGAGAGUCACAACGGCGCUACAGUAUUUGACGUCUCCCUGACAGCCCCAGAGAGACCAACGAGAGACGCCUCGUCGAUAGAAAACCAUGGACAGGCUCAGGUUCCCUCCGCCGCUGCCGCCGCCGUUGUGGUCUCCCAGUUCCAGAAAGAGAACCAGGCUGCCUGGGAUGGCAAGGUCGCAGCCAAAGGCGCCGUCUUUUGCGAGUCAUCUAACCAGUACCAAUUUGAGAUGCCAGAGUCCCCCAUGGACGUGCUUUCAGACCACACGACGCUGCCCCUGACCGUCCGGUACAAAGAGAGCAAAAGCAGGGAGGCAUCGGACCCCAUGCUCUAUCCGCCAAAGGGACCAGAGUACCCGUUGAUGUACUCGUUCCCGUUUGAAAGCGGCGAGCCUUCAGAAGCCGCGGAUACAUUCAUCCUGCCAUCGUCGUCGGGUAAAGAGGCCGCGGCCGAGGAAAUGCCCCGUAUGGAGACUGGACGCUUCUCCGUAGAACGAAUCGAGGCGACAAGCACGGCUUCUCCUCCGUCUCGGCGCCUCGAAGACGGAGAGGCCACGGCGGACGCGGCGCAUGGCCUUAGACAGACCCGGCCAGUGUCGACAGCCAGGACACAAUACAUGGGGAUGACGCCGCAGGCAACGCCCAGACAGCUGGAAUGCGUGGACGACACGAGGAUGCCGAAAAGCAAGGCAAGCCUUCCACGGAUAUAUGCUCCUACAUGA